GAAGAAGAAGAGAGAAGAAACACAAAUAAAUACCCAGAAAAAUUAAGAAACGAUGUUUUACAAUAGAGGAUAUGGUGAUUAUGCUGAUGAUCGUGAAAUGGCUCCGAAGCGACAACGGUUGAUGGACCAGGGAUCUUCUUAUUAUGGAGCUUCACCAGGCUAUGGGACCUCAACUCCGUAUGGAGCCUCACCUGGUUCAAGUUAUAUGUAUAAUCCUUCUCCAUAUACAGGCUAUGUCAGCCAACUUCCUCCAUUUCCUGUCGUCCGACUUCGUGGUCUGCCCUUUGACUGUACUGAGGCUGAUGUUCAAGAGUUUCUUCGUGGUCUGGACCUAGUUGAUAUCCUUUUUGUUCAUAAAGGUGGCCGCUUCUCUGGAGAAGCAUAUUGUGUUCUAGGCUAUCCUAUGCAGGUGGAUUUUGCCCUCCAGAGAAAUAGGCAAAAUAUUGGUCGGAGAUAUGUAGAGGUUUUCCGAAGCAAGAGACAUGAAUAUUAUAAGGCCAUUACAAAUGAAGUUGCAGAUGCUAGUGGUGUUUCUCCACAUCGAGGUUCGAGAGCGAAGUCAUAUGAUGAAGGGAAGGAAUUGUUGGAGCAUACAGGAAUAUUGAGAUUAAGAGGUUUGCCCUUUUCUGCUAGAAGGGAGGACAUUAAGAAGUUCUUCAAAGAUUUUGUUCUUGCAGAUGAUGUCAUCCAUAUCACAUAUAAUUCUGCUGGUAGGCCAUCUGGGGAAGCUUUUGUAGAGUUUCCUGGUCCUGAAGAUUCUAGGGGUGCAAUGGUUAAAGACAAAAUGACUCUUGGGAGUCGAUACGUGGAGCUGUUUCCUGCAUCAAGAGAAGAUAUGGCUGAAGCAAUUGCUAAAGGAAGGGCAAAUUCUCAAGACGACCUAAAUGAGCCAGUGAAACAUACAGGAGUCUUGAAAAUGAGGGGAUUGCCUUUUUCAGCCACAAAGGAGGAUAUUAUAGAAUUCUUCGAUGGAUUUGUGUUGUCAGAAGAUUCAAUCCACAUUACAUCUAUGUGAGGGAGGCCAACUGGUGAAGCAUUUGUUGAGUUUGCCAGUGCUGAAGAUUCAGAGGCAGCAAUGGAAAAGGACAGAAAGACCCUUGGAAGCCGCUACAUUGAGCUCUUCGCGUCAUCACAGGAAGAUUUAAAUGAGGCACUCUCGAAGGGGCGGUGAUUUUAUGAUCAUUUUGCCGCUCGUUGUACUCCGGUUCAGUGUUAUAUCGUGUUCCUGAAUAUUUUAGGAUGCCUUCGGACACUAUAUAUAAAAUUUUCCAGAGCAGCAUAUCAAUAUCAUUAGUUAAUUGGUUGCUAUGGAUUGUGGUUUAGAACUAAUGAAGCAAGUUGUAGACUUGUAGUCCUAUUUCAUGUAUUGGUUCUCGUUGAACUUUGUUCUUUUUACUAGUUCUAUACUCUGUUCAAUAUCUUCUAUGCAGCUACAGAAUUAGACUAGUCUUAAUUAAGAAAGCCUUAUUUUUUUUCUCUUUAUGUUUCUUGGGCAAGUUUACCCCAAGGGAUAGUUUGCCUUGAGUAGAGAUGGCAAUUGGUCGGAUUUGAAUCGUAUCCUAUGAGAUUCAAAUCUGAAUUUUCAUACAUAGAUCUAGAUUCAACCCAAUUUUGUUGGAUUUGAAA